GAGAGACGUGCCCCUCAGACUCCACACCCUGCGGGCAACGUGUCCUACUGCGGCCUGGGACAGAGGUGACAGGAAAUGACAAUAAGACUUCCGAGAACAACCCUUGCUUUGCUCUCCCUUGGCCUCUUUGGGCUCCUGGAGGCAGCAACCAUCGCAUGCAGAAAUGAAGAGGGUGGCGCUGUGGACUGGUUUACCUUUUAUAAGUUACCUAAAAGGCAAGACAAGGAAGAUGGAGAGACGGGGUUAGAAUACCUGUACCUAGACUCUACCACUAGAAGCUGGAGGAGAAGUAAGCAACUAAUGAACAGCACCAAGAGUGUUCUGGGAAGAACACUGCAACAGCUAUAUGAAGCAGAUGCCUCUGAGAGUAACCGUACAGCCUAUCUAAUAUACAAUGAUGGAGUCCCUAAAUCUGCGAAUUACAGCAGAAAGUACGGACACACCAAAGGCUUACUGCUGUGGAACAGAGUCCAGGGAUUCUGGCUGAUUCAUUCUAUUCCUCGGUUUCCUCCGAUUCCUGAAGAAGGCUAUGCUUAUCCAUCCACGGGGAGACGCAAUGGACAAAGCGGCAUCUGCGUAACUUUUAAGUACCGCCAGUAUGAAGCCAUAGCUUCUCAGCUCCUGGUGUGCAAUCCAAAUAUCUAUAGCUGUUCCAUCCCAGCCAUCUUUCUCCAGGAGCUCAGCCACAUGGCCCGGCUCUGCACCACGGCCAGCUCCUCAGAGAGUCCCAUCCGCCGUGUCGCCACACUGCAGUCGGCCCAGGGACACAGUUUCCUCCAUUUUGCAAAGUCUGAUUCUUUCCUGGACGACAUUUUUGCAGCCUGGAUGGCUCAACAUUUGAAGACACACUUGCUAACAGAAACCUGGCAGCGAAAAAGGCAAGAGCUUCCUUCAAACUGCUCCCUUCCUUACCAUGUCUACAACAUCAGAGCAAUUAAGAUAUCUCGAAGAUCUUACUUCAGUUCUUACCAGGAUCAUUCCAAAUGGUGUGUUUCCCAAAAGAGCACCAAAAAUCACUGGACAUGUAUUGGAGACCUAAAUCGGAGCCCACACCAAGCUCUCCGAAGUGGAGGAUUCAUUUGUACCCAGAAUCAGCAUAUUUAUCAAGCAUUUCAAGGAUUAGUUUUAUAUCAUGAGAACUGUAAUUAAACUUGUUGAAAG